UCAUAACAUGAUCAUAACCUUAAAUUUUAAACGUCAAGAUUCAUGUGUUUUAUGAUUUAUAUUUGAGGAUAAUUAAAAAAAUAUGAUGAAUUAUAAAUGUAAAAUAGUCGUGCAUUAUACACAAAAUAAUUUAGGUUUGGUAUAGGUGUUAACUUUGUUUGUGUGUAGUAAUGGAAAUAUGCGGAAUAUGUGGAGGUCCACAUACAUCUUAUAACUGUGACAGCAUUCCUCUUAAAAAUCAUGUAACUGAUAAGUCGAUCCCAAGUAAAGCUAGACUGACUUUGCCCUCCAACUUCUCAUUGGAAUUUAUGACUGAUGGAAGAAUUGAAGUUUCUUCAAAUGAGAAAAUUGCCAAGGGUACUUAUUUUGGUCCACUAGAUGCUCCAAAACUGAUUACUUUGAACCCCUCAAUUUUAUUUCCGCUGAAACUAUUUAGUUCAGAAAUUGAAGAUCUACAAGAGUCCUUUCUUGAUACAUCAGAUGAGAAUGCUUGUAACUGGUUGAUGUUUAUUAAUCCAGCAAUUUGCCUUGAAGAGCAGAACAUGGUUUGCUUUCAGGAAAAAUCAAAUAUAAUAUAUGCAGCUAUCAAAGACAUAGAGAAAGGGGAAUUAUUAAAAGUAUGGUAUUCUUCCUAUUAUGCAGAAAAAAUGAAAAUUCCAUUACUUACAACCAAAGAGUUGCCUAAAUCGGCUACAAGAAAUUGUUCUAACAUUAAUGAUUUAAAUACGUUAUUAACUAAACAGCAAAAUAUUUGUACUAGAAGAAAUUGGAUUUGUAAAUUUUGUUCAAAGCUGGAAAAUAACGUUAUCAUCUUUGCCAAUCAUAUGAUAGAGCAUUAUACUGAAAAAAUAAAUAAAAUUUGUGGAAUAUGCAAGGAAAAAUUUACCACCAAAAUAAGCUUGUACAAACAUAAAAAAAUCAUCCAUUCAAACACAACAUUAAAAAAGAAGAAAUGCAAGAUAAAGGAGACUUCAAAUAAAAGAAAUAAAAUGGCAGUUGAAGUGUUGGGAGGCCCUCUUCUUAAUAAUUUGCUAUCAAAUGAUAGUUUUGAUGUUGCAAAUUUACUACCACCCUCGUUAGAAUUGAAUAAUUUUGACAUGAACUCUAACGGUGCAUUUCUUGAAAGUGAUUAUUCAAAUUUAAUUGAAAGCAAUGAUAAAGAGCUGAACGAUUUUUAUUUCGACAUUAGCGAUACCGAAGAUAAUCACGUUUGCGAUAUAUGUUUAAAACCAUUUGCCAAGAUGAAAACCCUCUUGCAGCACCUUCGCAGUCAUACAGGAAAAUUUACCUGCAAACAUUGCUGGAAGGUUUUUACUCGUAAUGAAAACCUUAAGGCUCACGAUUGCACUGAUAAAGAAAUAUUUAAAUGCCAACUCUGUGAUAAAACAUUUUUCCUUUCAAAGUACCUGAGAAGGCACAUUAAGUUCGCCCAUGGGAAAAAAGUUAUGUGUCAAAGUUGUAGAAGAAAAUUUGUCUCUGAGACUGAAUAUGAAAAUCAUAAAUGUUCUAAUAGUGGAAGUCAACUUUUCGAAUGUCCUCACUGUAAGAAAACAUUUAUAUAUAAAUCAUCUUUGCACAAACACUUGAGAACUCACAACAUUGAAAAAACGGAAAUUUGCGAAUUUUGCGGCAAAACAUUCGCAUUAAGAGAAUGUCUUUUGCAACAUCUUAAAGUGCAUGAAAUGCGCUCUUAUUCAUGUGCAGAGUGCGAUAAGAAGUUCUACAGGAAAGACAUUUAUUUUAGACAUAUUGAACUUCAUAAAAAAGUAAUAGAGCCAAAGUAUUCGUGCGACUAUUGUGAGAGGAAGUUCACAACGAAAAGGUAUUUAAAUUCACAUACACGUUCCCAUACUACUAAAGUUGAGUUGAAGACAUACCAGUGUCCUCAUUGCGAUUCAAAGUUCAAAGAACAAUUAUAUUUCAAGAGACAUCUUGACAGACAUAAAAUAGCUUGUAAACUGUGCAAGGAAAAGUUUAUGAGUGCUGUAGAACUUAAGCAACAUAUUGUGUCCUGCCAUUCGUCCGAGUGUUUUCCAUGUCCGUUUUGUAACAGUACAUUGAAGUUCAAAGGUUCGUUAGCAAGACAUAUUAAAAGUAGGCAUAAACAAAAGACUGAAGAGACUGAUUUAACUAGUACAAAAAGUCUCACGAGUGUCUUAAACACAUUCCUAGAAGCAGAAAAAGCGAAUGGGGUGUUUAAAAAAUCAAACGAACAAGAAAACGAAUUUAAAGACGUCAAAAUUUAUACCGAUCACAAGGAGGCCGAACUCUUUCCUGAAUAUGAUAGUAACUUGGUCGAAGGUAGAAUUGAUGCUUCGAUGGAUAAUAAUUUGGACGAUAUAGUACGAAAUUUGGAAAAUGUCGUUAAUAUUUACAACAAAACUUCGUGCAGUGCUAUUUUAAAUUUAAGUAACAACAGUCAACAGGACAAACAAAAUUUCGAUUCGUUUAGUAAAAAUAAUACCGUGUUUAUGGAUUUAAACGAUCUGGAUCUUGGCAUGGACUCAAAUCUUCAGCAAAAUUUUAAUAAUCCCCAAGAAACUCAUGUAUGUCUUUCCAUGCCUGAUUUAAAUGAAACAAAUCAAGAUACAAUUGCCAUGAUUAAUUAACAAGUUGAUAUUAAUUGUUUCUCAUUUCCUUAAUGAAAGUUGCUAUUUAUUUUCCUUUUAUAUUGUUACUUUGAAAUGCAAUUGCUUAUUGAAAAGUUAGAAUUAAAGGUGUUACGCCCCAGAACAUUUUUUCUUUUGGAACAAGUAGAAUUUAGUUAAUCAUACAUUAAUAUUUCCUUUCUAACUUUUGAUAUGCAAUUGCUGAUUUAAUUAAGGAUUAACUUUUUAAUCUUCUUUUAUAUAUUCUGAGAAUAUUGUAUUUUUAAAGAAGAGUUUAUUUAUUAAAGUACUUAAAUUAAAAAUUUAAGUGAUACUUUUUAAUUUGAGGGAAGAGACAAUUAUGAAAUGAGAGCUAAAAACCUAGGACAAGUUGAAGUAAAAAUACUGUAAACUACUUUAUGGCCUUUAAUUGAAGUAGUGUAUUCACAAACUUUAUUAUUGCACUUAUUAAAAUAGCAGCUUGUUACUAAAUAAAAGUACUUUGUUAUCACCAAUAAUAGUUGCACGUAAAGUAGUUAAUACACAUUAGGAAUUACAGAAUUUUAUUUAAUUCACUAAUAAAUCACUAACUAAAGGUAUUCUUAUAAUAAAAGCAGUUUUUGUAAUCAAAUUAUUAAUAAUUUGCAAACAUUAUGAGUAUCAAUAAUUUUCAGGUUAUAAUAUUUUGUAAUAUAUUGAUUUAUAAUUAAACGUUAGCCAAAUUUGUUUUUCACGAAGAAUUGCAUAAAUAAUACAUUACCAUGCUAUUGUUAACAAUUUUAAAGUGUUAAAGCCAGUUUUACUGAUUAAAAACAGGAUAUUAUGUUAGUUGACACCAUUAGCACAAUGUGUUACAAAAUGUUAUUUUAUAGUCAGUGCUAGGUCCCUAUUUACGCCAAAUCACUUGAACCACUUAAAAUUUGAUUGAUACAGAAGGAAAUGCUGAAAUUUACUUGCAAAUUUAACUUAAUGUCCAUUAAAAGUAUUAAAACAAAUAACAAGCACAAACGUAA